GCAAGCGAGCUAAGGCAAGCCAGCCAGCCAGCCAGCCAUCGAGUGUGCAAGAGAAGGGAGUUAGUGGAGAAAGCUCACAACGCCGCCGAAUCCUGUGGAUUUAUCCUAGUUGGCACUAAAGUCCGCUCCCCCAAAAGCAGCAAGAUUGGCCAUAUUUUUUUCCACAAAAAAAUUAUUUUGGUGCCCUUUGGAAUUUUUUUCCUUUUUCUGUUUUUGUUUUUUGGUCGUCUUUUCCCUGUGGGUUUUUUUAAAUUGGAAAAUUUACCAUUUUUUUCCUCCUAUUUCUCUCCCAGUUCUUCUGUGGGGAGAUCCUGACGAACGGAGUCCUCUUUCCCAUAUCCCCCCCCCCAAAAAAACCUUAGCAGUUCCCUUUCUGCAGGAUUAGGUUAUCCACCAUGGCUGGAGCAUAGCCGUACCCCCCCGCCAGCCGCACCUUGUGGGCCAGAACGCCGCAUGGGUCCGGUGUGGGCGGGGGAGUCAGCCCAUGAGAAAGUCGUGACAGGCAGACCCCCGCUUUGGCCUCAUUAAGAUACUGAUGUGAAAGAUGAUUGGUGGCCACCUGAAGAAGGUUGCGUGAUUGGCCAUCUUCCAGGAGAGAGAGAGAGGACCGCUGAGCAUCACUGAGCGCAUCAUCAAAGCACACAUUAUAUGUGGCUGUGACUGGACAAGAGGCUAAAUCAGGACACGCAGCCAGCGGCGACUGGGUGGGGGCACCCGUCACUCAGAUCCUGGGGGGUGGAGGGUGGGGUACCAAGACGCAUCCACUGCGGCAGAAGAGACUGGAUGCAUCGCACAGUGGAGCAGUUGGGGGGCCGUGCUGGACGGGACCCCUUUUCUCUCGGCAACCUGGGCUGCAGUGGAGCCUGGAGUUCGUGCCAUUCUCGCCCAUGGCUCCCGGGCGGCAGGUGCUCUGCCAGUGUGGGCCAGCCUCAGUUGCCCCCGCACCUGCCGCCCAACCAUGGCUCUAACAUGGGGCAGCAUAGUAAAGGCUACUUCCCUUCAGGGAACCUGGGUCCCCGGCCCCUCCACGGGAAGCUAGAGGCCAUCCAUAGCUGUGUCCAGGCUCUGCAACGGGAUCAGGGCCAGCCACAGCUCUGGGAACAACUGGGUGAGAUUUAUGAGUCAGAGCAGGACUGUGAGGAGGCUGUGCAUUGCUAUCAGAAUGCAGCCAGGUACCAGCGCGACUAUGGGAGCUACGGAGAGAUGCAUGCCCGGAUCGGACGCCUUCAGCAGGCUCAGCUGUGGAACUUCCAUUCUGGGUCAUCUCAUCACCGGUCGAAAGCAUUACCCCCCCUGCAACAGGUCUGGAACCUCCUGCACCUUGAGAAGAGGAACUUCUCUGCCAAGCGCAACCCCCAGCUGAAGAGGCCUGGCCCUCCAAUGGAGCCCCCUGUGGUCCAGCCAAUCCCCCCAGUUCAACACCCACCCCAUCCUGGGCAUGCCGAAGAGAUGCCUGCCCCUAUGAAGAGAAGAAGGAGCUCCAGCCCAGACCAGAAUGGGAAUGGGCUGGGCCACCAUCCGCCUGGGCCUGGCAUCCCUGGCCACCCCCAUUACCAGCUGCCUAAACCAGGACUGUGGAACCCCCUCCACGGAGACUCAUGGGGACAAGAGCGGAAGAACGUGGCUGCCCCAGAGAGACAAGAGCAGAGGAACUCGGUGGCUCACCCCUUCCCAUACCCAUCUCCCGCCUAUGGUUCGCACCCCCCUCCUCACCGCCCUUCGGCCAUGGCGCCCAGCCCUCGCACACCGCCAGCACACCGUCCGCCCCUGGAGAGCCAUGGCUGCCUGGCCCGGCCUAACGGAAGUGACCUUAGAGACAGCCGGGUGCCCCGGGCACGUCCAGACUCCACCGCCACACCAGCAACUGUUGCCUGCGUGCCUUACGCCCCGCGCCCGACCCCAGGAGGCUCACCCGCCACCAGCAAGACCACCUCGCGGGGGCAACCGCCCCUUGACAGCCUUGGUUCUGAUCAUUACCAAACAUCGGCACUGGAACAGUCCUGUCCCGCUCAGGAGAGUGGAGGGCGCAAACAUCCCCCACCGCCACGGCCGGCUCCCUGCCUUGCCCCCCGCAACUUGCCAUGCGCUCGCAUGCCACCACCCCCAACCAUCACCAGGGGGCCUCCACCCCCAGCGGUCACACGGCCACCCCCAGCCACUCCACAAUGCCCCCCGCCCCCUCUGCCGCCUCCACCCCCACCGCCCCCUCCACCCCCGCCUCCAUUGCCCUGGCUGAAAGGACCAGCUGCGUUUGGUAGCAAGGCUGCAGAAGAGGAAGCCAGCAGCGACCCUCUAAGUGAUAUCUUGUUUGGAUGCGGAGAGCCACACCAGGGUGAACCACCCCUGAUGGCAACCAGUGACUCGGGGUGCAACUUCCAGGAUUCCAGCACCAGCAAUCAGAAGGGGUCUUUCUCUCUCCCCCAAGAAGAGGCUGUGGAGAAGACCAGCCCCUUGAGAUCAGCCAGCCCUGCCCCCUCUUCUCCCUCCGAAUUCUGGCUAUCAGAAAGUGGCCGGGAUGAGAAGUGCUCCAGUGGUACCCCAGCUCAGACUAGGAGCCCUUCGAUUACCUCAGGAACCUUCCAAUCGCCAGAGAGCCCCCCUCAGCCACCAGCGCUGCCCCCGCAACCACCCCAGUCACCCCCACAGCCGCCCCCGCAACCACCCCGGGCCUCCUAUCCAAAGACCCCUGAGCCGCCUGUGGUGACCUCAGCCCCAGAGGCUGCGUCAGAACGCCUCUUUGGCUUCGCCAGCCCCCCUCUGGAAGACCAGUUCGAGGAGCCCCCCGAGUUCUCCAAGAUCCUGCCUGACGGUCUGGCAAACAUCAUGAAGAUGCUAGAUGAGUCAAUCCGGCGUGGGGAGGAGGAACGUGAAGAGAGCUUCCCUCCACCACCACCACCAGCCCCGCUCUUGCCAAGCCCCCCGCCUUUGGCAAGACCGAAGCCACCCUCCUCAUCUGCCUCUUCCUUCGAUUACCCCAAGCCCCCCGGGCAGGAUCCACCAGAGCCUCCCUGCCUCUAUCGCUUCGGCAAACGUGAUGUGGAGGAGCGGCCCCCUCCGGCGGCAGUGGCGGCGGUGGCACCAGGAGGAGGAGGAAAUGGAGGAGGAGGAAGUGGCAAGUUCCCUCACCACAGCACUGCCUCUCUGCUGAAGUCUUUGGCCAAUGUGCUGGAGGGGCAGAAACACUCCUAUCGGCCAAAACCACUGACCCCGCCAGGUGCUAAAAUCCCUCCUCCAGCUGUUGCUGGCCAGAGCACUGUGCCGCAUUUCUCUACCUCAAGCCAAGCCUGGGUCGGAGGAGCCGGGACAGUGGGGGAGCGGGUGACCACUCCCCCGCCUCCACCCCCCACCCGGCCGAUCAAGACGGAGUCGGAAGUGUUAGAAGAAAUUAGCCGUGCAUGCGAGACCCUGGUGGAGUGGGCUGAGAGGGAGAAGACCCCACCACCACCAGCCACCCCGCCGCCGCCCCCUCCCCCUCCCCCAACUCCUCCACCUCCUCCUGUCCCCCCUCCUCCUGUCACAGCCCCCCCACCACCUCCAGCUGCUCCUCCCACCCCACGACUCAAGGAUGAGUCCCGGAAACGAGAUCGCGAACACCGUCGCCACCGCCGAUCUGGUAAGGAUGGGUCUCGGAGGCACAGGGAAGGCAAGGCCCAUAAGGAGAAGAACCGCCAGAUCCUGGGCAGCUUAGAUGUUCAGAGCACUGAGAGCCAGGCACGGGAGAACGGGGCCAAGCCGCCGCCUCCUCCCCCACCGUUGCCACCACCACCACCAGCCACAGCAGCCCCCCAGACUGAGCGGAAACUGGCCAUCAAGAAAGAAGAGGGGUCCCUUGGCACAACUGGCUCCACUGUCGUGUGCUCAGCAGAUCUGCUCAAGCUGCGCUCCUUCACCGAAGGACCUCCGAAAGAGCUGAAAAUUCGCCUCAUCAAAGUGGAGAGUGGGGAUAAAGAGACCUUCAUUGCUUCUGAAGUGGAAGAACGGAGGAUCCCCCUGGGUGAACUCACCAUCAACCAUUCAGCCACAGAAGUAGUGCGGGCGAGCAAGCACGCCAAGGUAAAAGGGAAAUUCAAGGAGUCUUACCUGUUGAACAGCCACUCAGUCAAACCUCAGAUCAACGCAGAUGAAAAGCUCCCCCGGGAUAAACUUAACCCCCCAACCCCAAGCAUCUAUUUGGAGAGCAAACGGGACGCCUUCUCGCCUGUCCUCCUGCAGUUCUGCACGGACCCCAAGAACCCCAUCACUGUCAUCCGGGGUUUGGCAGGAUCACUCCGCCUCAACUUGGGCCUUUUUAGCACAAAGACCUUGGUGGAGGCGAGCGGGGAGCACACCGUCGAAGUCCGUACCCAGGUGCAGCAGCCAUCAGAUGAAAACUGGGACCUCUUGGGGACAAAGCAAGUUUGGCCCUGCGAGAGCAGCCGGUCGCACACCACCAUUGCCAAAUAUGCCCAGUACCAAGCGGCUUCCUUCCAGGAGUCACUUCAGGAAGACAAAGAGACCGAUGAUGAGGAGACGGACGAACCUGACAGCACAACAGAGACGCCGCCAAGCAAUCCUGACCAGAAACCGCACCAGAUUAUCAAAUUUGGGACCAACAUCGACCUGUCAGAUGCCAAGCGGUGGAAACCACAGCUGCAGGAACUGUUGAAGUUGCCAGCUUUCAUGCGGGUCACAUCAACGGGAAACAUGCUCAGUCAUGUGGGACACACCAUCCUGGGCAUGAACACAGUACAGUUGUAUAUGAAAGUGCCCGGCAGCCGCACACCAGGUCACCAGGAGAACAACAACUUCUGCUCCGUAAACAUCAACAUUGGGCCGGGCGACUGUGAAUGGUUUGCUGUCCAUGAGCAUUAUUGGCAGAGCAUCAGCGCCUUCUGUGAAAGGCAUGGUGUGGAUUAUCUCACUGGCUCGUGGUGGCCCAUCCUGGAAGACCUUUACCAGUCCAACAUCCCCGUCUACCGCUUCAUCCAGCGGCCAGGAGACCUUGUGUGGAUCAACGCGGGGACAGUGCACUGGGUUCAGGCCACUGGAUGGUGUAAUAACAUCGCUUGGAAUGUUGGUCCGCUGACAGCUUACCAGUACCAGUUGGCACUGGAGCGCUACGAGUGGAAUGAGAUCAAGAAUGUCAAGUCAAUUGUGCCCAUGAUCCACGUCUCCUGGAACGUCGCCCGCACAGUCAAGAUCAGCGACCUCGACUUGUACAAAAUGAUCAAGUACUGUCUGAUGCAGUCAAUAAAACACUGUCAGGUCCAACGCGAGAGCCUGGUGCGGUCUGGGAAGAAAAUUGCGUACCAGGGCCGAGUGAAAGAUGAGCCGGCCUACUACUGCAAUGAAUGCGACGUGGAGGUGUUCAACAUCCUCUUUGUGACCAGUGAGAACGGUAGCAAAAACACCUACCUGGUACACUGCGAGGCCUGCGCCCGCAAGCGCAACUCCUCCCUCCACGGCGUUGUGGUGCUUGAGCAGUACAAGACGGAAGAAUUGAUACACAUCUACGACAGCUUCACCCUGGCUGCGUCACCUAGUUCGAGAUGAGCCAUACCCUGCCUGGGCGCCAACGUCUGGGCUGUUUCUCCAUGCCAGCGGCUCCUCUGCUCACCGUGGGUGAGGCGGAGGGGGCCGCUCCCCCUGCUCCCCCCUUCCUCUAAUAGCAGCUGAGCCGCCAACCUCCACCCAUCCACUCACUUAUGCCUCUCCUGGGAUGGAGCGACACACACAACCGGAAUAACCUAGACGUUCCAACAAUGGAUCCCUUUUUUAAUUUAUUCUUUGAAAUGAACUCUUUUCCUCUCUUUCUGGGUGGUGCUGAUUUUAUAUUAAAAGAAAAAAAACUGAAUCUCAAAAAAAAAGGGGGGGGCAGCAGAAUUGCUUGGAAAGGUAACGGCGUUCUCUCUGGUGGGAGUCUGGACCGUGGCAAGGCCUCCCUCCCGUUUUUCCACAUUGGACUCUACUUGCACCGUGCCUGGCGUCCCCUUGGACAGAGGAUCAAGGGCUCCGGGGAGCAGAUUAAAAGGAGACAGAAAGGUUUCCUUCUUCACGAGAGCAUUAAUUUUUCCUUUUUCUGUCUCUCUCUCUCUCUCUCUCUCUCUCUCUCUCUCUUAUGGCGUGGAGAGCAAAACAUGUGGAACAGAGAAGAUGGGCCGUUACUUUCUGGGGUGUGUGGUUUGGUUUGGUUUCUUUCGAUUGCAAUUUUUUCUUUCCUCGUUGGAAAUUUAAAAAGAAAAAGAGAAUUUUGGAAAGCAAGAACGCAAGCAAAAAAAACAAAAUUAAUACGGGUUUCUUAACACAGGACUUUAAUGGGUUCAGUUCUCUCUGGAUGAACUUCUCACUGGGAGGGGGAGAGCGUGUACAUGGAUUUAUAUAUAUUGGCGGGGUGGGAAAGGGGAGACCUCUUGCGCGUGUGGUUUUUAAUUAUUCUGAUGGACAUUUUGAUUUCUUACAUCCUUUUAUAUAUUAUAUAUAUAAAUAUAAGAAGAAAAAAAAUCCUGGUUUGUAUUAGAAACUGCUUUUAAAAAAGAAAAAGAGAAAAACCGACAAAAAAAAAAAGAUAUAUAUCCACGAAGUCCGGUCGAAAUGUUUGUGCGAAGCACAGGUGAAUUCCAGUGCGGUGAGUUGGGAUGGGGAGACCCCAGCCCUUUGCAGAGCGGAUAUGGUGCUUGCCCCAAAUCAGACACACGGGUAGAUGGGAGAAAAGAUGGGCAAAAUAGGGGGAGAGGCCUGGCAUCUGCUCCCCCUUUCCUUGGGCUUUUUCACAGCCUGCCCUCAAAUGAAACAAAUGCCCCAUGCCAUUUGGGGAAGGGGCCCAAACUAAGAGUGGACCCUUAACUAUCUAACUUUCAUCCUUCUUCCCUAUGAAAUCUCCUUAAUGUUUCAUCUUUAGCUGAUUAAAUGAUUUAAAUCUUAAUUCUUAGCCUAUUCCCCCCCAAACACACAGACACUUCUUCCUAAAGGGAGAAGCCUCUCUCGCCUCGCUCUGCGCAUGCUUUUGGCUCCCAGUUCAUUUUAAAAACAAACCAACAAAUGUCUCAGAUUUGGGGUAAUUUUUUUUUCUUUUAAAAAUGUGUACCUCCAUGCCUCAGAAUUGUUUUGCAAUUUGUAAAUGUUUAGUCUCUUUUCCCCCCCAAUCCUGCUCUCUCUCUCUCUUUUUUUAAUUUAUAUGUCUUUUUGGUAAUGAUUUCUCUAUUUAUUGGUCCUUUAAUGGGGUUUGAUCCAGCUUUUUUUUAAAAAAAAGAAAUAACUUUUUACAAUGUUAAUGUAUCUGUUUUAUUUUUGUUUUUACAUGUCUUUCUCUUUUUUUUGGUGUUGUUCCUUAUUUGACUUCUCUCUGGAAUUUUUAUUGAAUUUCAAAAUGCUUUUUAUUUUUGUCUUGUAACAUUUUCCUUGACAUGGUGCUCAGUUUUCUCGCUGGGGGGGUGGGGGGGGGUUGGAGAAGGAAAACGCAGCUUCAUCUUGGUUCAUCUGUUGAUUUCCAUUUUUAAUAGAACUUCACCCCAACCUACAUUGUAAAAAUCUCUUCCUUUCGAAACCUGCACUUUUUAAUUCCCAGAUUCCCAAAUCCCCCCCCCCCUCCCAACACAAACACACUGUAAUAAAACAGAUGAACAUCUAGCUACUCUAGAAUCAAAGAUACACAAAAUGGAUUCUUAUUGUACUGUAGGGGACAAGGAGAAAGCAAAUCUUAUUUUGUAAAUGUAAAAAAAAAUUAAAUUAACUCACAGAGAUAAA